AUGGAUGGUUUCCGUGUAGUGACUUGUCAAUCCUGCAACUUUGUUGGAGAACCUUUCGAAUCGGAUGGCUUCUUCUUCUGCAGUAGCUGCGGAGAGAAAAAUCAUGAUGCUUUUGAUAAUGGUGCCGAAGAGGAAGAAGCCUUCGGUACCGCCGGUGGUAUCUACCUGCCCAGUCACCAACGCCGGGCAUCUGCUCAUUCCGAAGCAAUUGAUGUUCCCCCCAUCUCACAAUAUGAUCCAUUAUCCCAAUCCAAUUUACUUUCCAGCCUUGGGUUAAUUGAAGUCAAACAAGAGAAUGUUGACCUAUCUCACUCCCAUUUUAGUUCCUCAACUCCUGCUGAUUUUGGAGGCUCCAAUGUUCCUAGCUCUGAGGAUUACCACAAUGAGAUAAGGCUGCGUUAUGUGUUUGGGUUGCAAAUUAUGAUUGAGCUUCAAUGUGAAGCUCUGGUGAAAGAGUUUAAGGUUACCCCUUUGAUAUGUAGCUUGGUUGGACCAAUUUGGUUGAGAUUUGUCGCCAAGACUGGUGUUUUCGACGAAGACUGGGCUAAUAAAGUACUUCAUGACUCUGAGAUGCAGAAAGAAGGAGAUCCAGAAGAUUAUAAUUCACGCGGUAAAUACAGAUCAGAACCUCACAAUAUGUAUGGUCAGCGAGCUGUGUUUCUAUGGUUUAGGGAAGCCAUCAUGCCUUCAGACAUAAUUAAGUGGGCACGUGAAGGGAAGCUUCCGUAUUUAUCUGCUUUUGUUAAAAUUGAAGAGCGUUUUAAAAGUCCAUCAAUUGCAUGUCCUAUCAGUUCAAGUUAUAUGUUCAGGCCUAAACGAGCUCUUUCGGUACAUAAACUCGAGUCAUAUGCCUCAUCAAUUGCUCAGUUUAUAGGCUUGGAGUUACCUCCUGUUAACUUUUAUGCAUUAGCUUAUCGUUAUCUUGAAAAGUUAUCUCUUCCUGUUGAAAAGAUUCUUCCGUAUGCAUGUCGCAUUUAUGAAUGGUCGAUGCCUCCAGAUUUGUGGUUAUCGUUAUCCAAGGAUUAUUUUAGACUACCUACUCAUGUUUGUGUUGUCUCGGUUCUGGUAGUAGCAAUAAGGAUUUUGUAUAACAUUAAUGGUUAUGGAGAAUGGGAGAAAAGUUUAUCUCAUAAUGGUAGUGCCAAAUAUUCAGCUAAAAAUCCAGCAAAACAUCGAAAACACGAUUUGGAUUGUGCUGAGCUUCUCCAACACCUUCACGCAAUAUAUAAUGAGAUUGCAGACACCAGUGAUUAUUCUAAGGACUUACCUGCAUAUCUCAAAUACUGUAAGGAUGUUGUGUUUGCUGGAGUAGAGCCAUCCUAUGAAGAAAAAAAUGUGAUUGAAAACCUAUGGGAACACUAUCAGAAUGAAGAGAAUACUAAAUCAUCACAACCUGGAGAGCAAGACAAUUCUUUUAAUAGCACGGGGUCGAGAAAUGAAGGAUGUGUCAAAGAGACAUCUAAAAAUGAAAAGGAUAGAGAAUGUUUCAACGAACCCUCUCAUGACAAUGGCGGCUGCGUUGCAGAUGACUUGCCUGGAAGUUUAAGUUAUGAUAAUUCCUCCAAGAGUUUGCCAGACAGAGAAGCCAUUAUUAGACAGUUGAAAUUAGACAUGGAGGAAAACCGAUUUUGUUACGUAACACCCAAUGUCAAGCCGACAAAACUUGAUUAUGUUCACUAUGUUCGAAAGAAGGAUAAAGGUGCCCUGUCUUAUGUUGCUCAUGCUGAUUAUUACAUUUUGCUUAGGGCUUUUGCUAGAGUUGCAUAUGAUAAUGACAUUCGGAUUUUGCAUAUUGGUGUUUUGAGCCUUGAGAGAAGACUUGUUUGGCUAGAGAAAAAGAUUGGUCAAUGCUUGCAUUUGAAACCUCCUAAUAGUUCUUGUCAAUAUUGUACUCUUAGGCCAACUGAAAAUGGAUCAGAUGAUGGGUCUGAACACAAAACUUGA